CAAAUGGAGUGUGGGCAAUUGAGGGAUUUCUCAGAAUUUUGUGAGCAGUUAAAUGAAAUAAGAAUAAAAUUUCACAAAUGGGAUAGUUGUGAGAGGACAGUAGGACUUUAUUAUUUAAUGGUGGGUUUACCCUUUGCAAAUGCGAGAUUUUUGCAACAUGCGUUGGAGCAGUGUAUAACUUCAGUUAAUACACCAGAAGCCCAGAUUCUUGAAAGAAAUGCAAAUGAUUCAAUGUUUAUUACAAGUUUUCUUUCGGAAAGCCCUCAAAUAGCCUUGUCAUUGCUUCUGACCCAUUUACCGUUACUCAAACCAAGCAAUAAAGACACAGCGAAAUGUUACCUGAAAACAAUAAAACAGGUUUUAACAGAAUUCAUUACCCCUCCACGUAAAAUAUAUAACGAAUGUGUUGAAAUUAUGUCUUAUGUCUACAUUCACCCUGCUUUUACUAACGAAGACAAAAAGUCGUUUAAACAUAUAUUGAAACAAGUACUAAAUAAAGUCACUCCUCAGAAUUUUGUUCAUUCUCCUGCAAAUGAGUCUAGCGAUGAAUCUAUUAGUCCAAAUCCAGAUUCUCACGAAAUGCACUUGAAAAGAAUGAAUAGGCGGUCUAAUAGUCUUACACCUGCUCAGGGCAGUUCCCAUGAAAAUUUGCAACCACAUCAUGGUAAUUGGUACUCGCAAGAAAGCCUCGCAGAACCCUUGUCAAAACCUCGCAGUUACUCCCUGUCUAGCGAAAAGUCUCUCCUUUGUAACAUGCCAAAUUUACAGUCGAGCAGUUCAGAAACGAGACUGCAAGAUCUGAGGAUGAUGAAUAACUUACCAGUCAUGAAAAGCAUCAUGUCGUGGUUGAAGUCUUUACGGCUGCAUAAAUACAGUUGGGUAUUUAAUAAUCUCACAUAUAGUCAAAUGAUUAAUUUAACUGACGACACUUUACAAGGCAUAGGUAUAACAAAGGGUGCUAGACACAAGUUACUAUUAAGUAUAAAUAAACUCAAAGAACGUAGCUCAAUGUUAACCGAAUUGGAAACCGAAGUUAUGAAUGGAGGGGAUAUCAGCGUUGCACUUAAGAAACUCAAGAAUGUCUUGCAAAGUCCUCUGCAAGUUACUUUAGGAGAGGAUUUGCCUGCUCAGUUUGUUAAAGUUAUGGGAAAAGUUUGUACACAACUUUUAAUGCUAAGGCAGCCUUCAGAUGAUUAUCUGAUGUCGUUUAGCUCUCUAUGCGAAAAGGCAGAUACUCUCGAUGCCUUCACUGAAGAACAAAAGAAACGUCUGAACAUGUGGAAGAGUCAGCUUUUGAAAGAAGAACCAGUACCAGUUUAUAGCCAACAACACCAAAAAUCCUCAGUUAAUAGGAUGCAAAAUUUCCAGUACAAUUUACCAAAUAAGUUUUCAUCGGUUCAAUCGACAUAUGCUCACAAAAGUUCAUCAUAUCCGAAUAUGAAAAACAAUGUUGCGCCGAACGGUCACAGGCACUCCGUGGGGAGCGUAACAUUGCAAAAUCAGUUGGUUUCAGCAACCUCAAACCAACAUAGCCUAAAAAGUAAUACGUCUAGUUAUAAUAACUGUUCACUGAAUUAUUAUGAGAGUAAUAUAAAUCCGUUACACGUACAUUUCCAAGAUUUUAAUAGUCACAAGGAGCAAAAGUCAUCACAAAAUGUGGAUAUAGAGAGUAGUUUAGAAUCUCUCUGUCUACAGAUGAUGGAACAUGCGCUUGGGCCUUAGUAAUGUAAAUGUGAUAUACCUCGCGUGCAUAUAAGUGUGGCCUAUUAUUUGACGAUUUGUGGUAUUUAUUUACUAUUAUCAAACUAAUUUUAAACACAAUGUCUAUUUACUGCUGGCAGAUGUAUAAAUAGUAUUUCUUUAUAUUUUAAUAUCUUAGUUUUGAAAUGUUUGUGUAAUAUGUGAUGUGAUUAUGUUAUUUAUAAACUGAAAUUUAUAUGAAAUUUUAUUUAAGACUGCUUAAGUAAUUUUAUACUUUUUAUUAGCUGUUACAGAGUAGGCUAAAAGUACAUACUAUUUUAUGUAACUUUUGACAAAAUGUUUAGUUUACAUUUGAGUUUUAAAACUGACCUACACUGUAUGCAGUUGUUGUAGCGUCAUUUAUUUUGUUAAUUUAAUUUUUUUAUCUGAACCACCCUGUUUCUAUGACAAUUUGUUUAUAUUUUAUCGACAUGCAAAAUUAUUAGAAGACAUGGUAAUUUGUGGACUUGUGCAUGUUUAUUGUGAUUGUCUCUGUGUGAUAAAAGUUUGCCGGUUGGCUUAAACUGAUGAAAAGACUGAUUUCUAAAUAGAU